CAUCGUAUCUCAGCUUCAAGUCAAGUCAGUACCUUACCUUACCUAUUACCCUGCCCGGCGCACAGGCACGACGGUCAUAUCCGUAGCCCGCAUUUCUCAAAUCUCCCCAUCCACGUUCUUCCCAGUCAUCGUCUCGUCCUUCCAAGUCUCGGCUUGCUCGUAUGCCAGCGUCCAGUUCUUUUUUUCCCAUUCCCUUUCUCUAUCCAAUCUUUUUGAACCAUUGCCAUCCGAGUACAUUACAACCUACCCUAUACCUAGUGCGAAUUACCUCUUCUCCUGUGGUCCUUGGGAGGAAAACACCCCCCCUUUAUUUUUGUAAAUCAGCCUGUUUCCCGUGGUCCCCCCUACCUAGCAGCAGGUGAGCAAAGACAAAGUGUGGCGUGGAAAGAGAGAAGAGAGAGAGCCUUGUUCGCGACGUCCGACAUCAUCUCGUCUCGUUCGCUCUCUCGUCCUGGAGUGUACCUAUCUACCUUACCUGGAAUGACUGCCUGUCGAACCCCAUUAUCUCGUUUUUGGUUCUCGCUCAUCAGCGGCAUCCCAUCCAUCUCCCUUUCUCUUCCCUUUCCCCUCUGCUCUGAUUACACUAUCCCUACUCCCGUCUCCAUCCACUCAGUUGUGCCAGAGGUGGUGGUUCAAUCAACUUACGGGAGUACUGGGCUCUGCUCUCUUGCUGGCCCUGACUCCCAUUGCCUUAGUUCUGCCCGCCUACCGCCCGCUCUCAGCUCGCUGUAGCGGUAGCGUGGAAGCGUCAGGUCAAGCAAAGUUCCCAAGUACUCC